AUGGCAGCUCCAACAGCCUCUCAUGCUGCCGCGCCAGUCUUCCAGACGCCAGAGUGGGAGACGCGCACACGCCCGAAUCGACGGUCACUUCUCGAUCGCCUUCUGCCCGGGCAUGCGCACGCAGACUCAUCAGCGCUAGACGUUGAGCAGCAGAGUGUUAAUGCCACCAAAGAAACACCUGCUCCCAUCGCCGCGACAGCAGCCUCGACUGCGCCUCCUGGCCAUGGCGCAUCAGCCGCACCGUCAAUGCGCCAGCGCCUCGACUCCGUUCUCCCCCCCGACCGUCGAUACCUCGGGCGCUCCCGCCGGUCGUUCCUGUUGUUCAUCCUGCUUCCUUUGGCGAUCCUCCUGCUCCUUGUCCUACCCCUCGCCGUCGGCCUCGGCGUCGGACUUUCUCAUCAUGAUAGCGGCGCCCAAUCCCUUCCACUGCCCACCAACUCGGCAACAUUCAUGGGCGAGCUGACGUACUACGCGCCGGGUCUCGGCGCAUGCGGUGUGACAUCUACGGAUGAGGACUUCAUCGCCUCCGUAAGCCACCUGCUCUUCGACGCCGCGGCAGAGGGAGGCAGCAACCCGAACGCGAAUCAGCUGUGCGGGCGUAAGAUUCGGAUCCAGCGCGACUUCGUCGAGGCGAGCAAGGGAAAUACCAGCGUGGAUGUCACUGUGGUCGAUCGAUGUACCGGGUGUGCAGAGACUGAUCUUGAUGUGAGCCUGGGUGUGUUCACACAGCUCGCGUUGGAGGAAAGCGGACGUGUGGAGGUGAGCUGGGCUUGGGUGAGCUAA